UUUGUAAAUUAAAUUUUCUUGAAUAAGACAAACAUUAAAUUGCAGAUGGAAACAUCUCACAAAUUCAGUGAAUAGCAGAUUUGACAAACUUUGAUUUCUAUAUGUACAUAAAUACAAGCACAUUUGAUUUAUUCUAUUUUGAAAUUAAAUAUUACGGUCUCAGGCAUUGAAAGAUUUUCUGACGAGUUUUCGAUGACUCAUAGAGAUUCCAGGAAGUUUGGCAGAUGAAUUCGAGAAGCUUCUAUUUCACAGGAAGUAAAGUCACAUGCACUUAUGAAUAUUCAAAUAUAGGAAGUACUUUCCCCAGAGAGAAUAUAACUUCUAUUCCUUUCAAAAACUAUUUGGCUUAAAAGUAGCAGUAAAUAAAAUGUGGUGUUAUAGAGAGAAUAGGAGAGUGAGACUGAGAGAGAAAUGCCAUUUAGUAAAGAGAAUAAGAAAAAUCUGAAAAUGGCUGCAGUCUCCUGCACCUUGGAAUACAGCUGGGUUUUGUUGUACAACAGUCGAUGUGGAGCCAAUGCAACUGGCGUGAAGAUGCAGACCGUUAUGGAUCAUGAUUCUCCAGUGGUGGCUUCCAGGUUCAUGAGUAUUUCUGCUGGUGAAAGACCAUUCUCCAGGGGUGAUGCUCAGUAGUUCAGAAUAGCCAGGUAAGGAUCUUCUGAGGUAAGGAUCUUCUACAGUUUUUGCAGCUUUUUUCAAAAUGCGCUUCACAAUUUGCACUCCUUUCUCUGAUAACCCAUUUGACUGUGGGUAAAGAGGGCUUGAGGUUAUAUGUUUGAACCCAUACUUUUUAGCGAAGUCGUUAAAGCAUUGGCUUGUGAAUUGUGCUCUGUUGUCACUUACAACAGUCAAUGGAAUUCUAUGGCAUGCAAACAUGGCUUUUGCACGUGCCACAACCCUUUCCACUAUUGUGUCACUCAGCCCUGUAAAUUCAGGGUAGUUGGAGUGAUAGUCCAUGACUAAGAGAUAGUCUUUGCCUUUCAGAUGGAAAAGAUCCAUUCCUACUUUCCUCCAUGGAUCUUGAUCCUUUUUGUGUGAACAUUACAUGUAAUCAAUACCUGACUGUCAAAUCAAAUUAAUUCAGUACAAUUCGAGAACUUUUUGACAAUAUUUUAUUGUCACAUGACAUAGAGCUGAUCAUAUAUGUAUGAGUGCCGAUAUGUAUAAUUUUUUUCUCAUUUACUAGUUUUAAAAGGACUUUUUAAAAGUAGGGCUGCAUUUGAAAAUAAGAUAAAAUAAAAUGUGAAAAUUGUGCAUGUUUGAAUAAAGUGCUUAAUUAACUUAAAUCGCAAAACCCUAGUACAAUCGUUUUUAUGUCAUAUAUUUUACUGUUCAUGGAUUUAAGUAUUGGUUUCAAUAAUCCACACACGGUUAAAUUAAAAUUAAAGUCUCGUUUUAAUAUAAAUACUUAUGAACUCAGAGUAGGAUACGGGCGGUCAUAUUAUUUCAAAACAUGUUAUUGUCACGAUCGACUAUUAGGCUGGCGAUCGCACAUGCAGGUGAUGCGAGUAGUAAGCAGGCAGGUAGGCAAAAUAUGGGGAAACUGGGGUUUAUUCAGGUACAGGCAGGACAGAACGGAAAGGAACAGGAACAGCAGGGAGGUAGCCGGAGGGGCUGCAGGCGGCCAGGAUGCCGGAGCCGGAGGGAACCUCGGAACGGCCGAGGAGGCAGGGCGAGGGACUGACAGAGGGACUGAGGAGGGAGCCGGAGGGGAGACCAGGAAAGGAGAUGAGGGAGCUGGAAGGGACCCUGGCGAGGGCAAGGAGAGGGGGGGUGCCGCUGCAGGCAGCGACGUCUUCCGCCGCGCUUGAGCGGGAGGAUCUGUAGGCGACUGAGGAGCCGCCAUCGGAGGACCCGCAGGCGUCCGCCGAGGAACCGGCGGAGGGAGCGAGGCAGGGUGACUAGGUCAUGAAGGGGGACCUGCAGGCGAUUGCCGACCUGGCGGACCAGGACCUGCAGGCGCCGACCUAGCCAUAGCGCCAGCGAGUGAGGAUGAGCCAGGGAGUCGGGCGGGAGGGACCCCAGUCCUUUGUCUGUGCCCCCUCCCCUUGCGGGACACAUACAUACCGACCCCUGCUAGGGAUCGAGUUCGCCGGGGUGAGGGCGAAGGAGUCACUAGCGAGGUCCCCGAGGGGUCCCAUUCAAGUUCCUCCACUUCCGAGGAGGGAGGAGCGACAGUGGUGUCCUCCGGGACCUCCUCGGGGACUGGAGUUUGGUCAGGGACAGGUGUGGGGCAAGGAACAAGAGCCCCAGGGGGCACAGUCAUUUGAGGGAGAGGCGGAGGGAGCGCCUCGGACGUGGGCCCGGGAGCUGCUGCAGGCAGAGGGAGUGCCUCGGGCGUGGGAGCUACUGCAGGCAGAGGGAGCGCCUGCUCGGGAGCUGGAGCCGCAGACAGCAGUGGCGGCUGCUCCAGGAGCUCAGGCGGUGGCGGCUGCUGCUCAGGAUGAGCAGGCAGCGGCGACAGCUCCUGCGUGGGAGCCGUGGGCAGAGGCAGCUGCAUCUGCGCUGGAGCCGCGGGCAGGGGUGGCUGCGCAGGCGUUGGAGCCACGGGCAGGGGCGGCUGCGCAGGCUUUGGAGCCGCCGGCCGAGGUGGCUGUUUGCUCACGGGAGGCCCCUCCCCAAGGUGCGCCUCUCCGGGCGAGUUCAGCAGGGAAGGCGGCAGUACUGGCUGCGCAGGUGAUCGCGGAGGCGGCUGCACGGGAUGCGCAGACGGCAGCGGAGGCGGCUGCGCCGGAUGCACAGGCGGCUGCUCGGGAGCGGGGUCCGCCGGCAGUGGCCCCCCUGUUGGCCAGGCGCUCGGGCUGGAAACCAUACCGCUCCAGUGGUGGUGGUAGCUCCGCGGUGUAUGGCUCCGGUUUCAGCAGGAGGAGGGGUUCCUCCUCCUCCUCGCUCCCUGUCGGGAGCCACAGCCUAGCGAGAGAGCACGCUCCUAGGCUGAUGGUCGAUGCCUUUGGUCUCCUUCUUCUCUGCCUUUAUUUCUUUCUUUUUGGGUCCAUCAUUCUGUCAAGAUCGACGAUUAAGCUGGCGAUCGCACGUGCAGGUGAUGCGAGCAGUAAGCAGGCAGGUAGGCAGAAUAUGGGGAAAUUGGGGUUUAUUCAGGUCCGGGCAGGACAGAACGGAAAGGAACAGGAACAGAAGACUCGAACAUCGACUUACAUCGGGUAACAUCAAUGACGGACCAUCAACUCUGGCAAGACAAGGACUCAAAUAGACAGGACUGAUCAAAAUAACUAGACACAGUUGGCGACGAUCAGGGAAGCACACGUGGGUAAUCAGGGGGUGUGGCACACACGAGGAUUGUACGAGCCGGGCAUCACAGUUAUAAAACGUGACAUGUUUUUCUCAUAUUAGCUUUAUAUAAUAACACAAACAGAAUGACAAGCCUUGUCAAGUGAAAACAGUGCAUUUUACUUUUCAUUUCAAAUAAAACGUGGGAUUGCCAAAUUCGGCCAGCUAGCUGGAGUGAGAUUUUCAGUUCGAGUUGUCUGCACACAAAUGAAACAGUUCUUACCUUGUAGUCUGCUUUUGUAUUUAACUGUGUAAAUACACUUUUGACAUAGCUAAUUUUAGGCUUAUAAUCGAAUAAUAUAGAUUUGCAGUAAUAUUUCCUGCGUGAGUCUGAAAGCUUAAGUAUCAUACCAGAAGCUUGAGAUUUAGCAAGCCUGAAAACGUACAUUUUUUUGUUUCACCUGAGUUCAUUUAUAUAACAAAUAACAGUACAGUCAAACCUGGGAUUGCAAGUAACUUGCUUUGCGAGUGUUUUGCAAGAUGAGCAAAAUUCUUAAAUAAAUUUUGAUAAAUAAUAAUUUGAUAAAACUUGAUAAAUGACCGAGGACUUGCAAUACGAAUAUUACGUAUACGCUUUGUCUGCCGAGCGUCACGUGAUCAUGACUGAGCCGUUGGUUAUUCUCUCUCUCACUGCGGGAUUGUGGGUAAUCGUCUCCCAUGCUUGGUCUCAGUCGGCAUGCCUCACUCGUAUAGUCAAAAUUUAGUAGAAAAGCGUCACCCGAAUAAGGGCGUAGCAGUGCGAGCGAUGAAUCUGUUUAAUGACAGUACAAUGUCCACAUUUCCACGAAAUCGAAAAGGAGACAAAAGCAGCUGUUAUUGGAUAGGUUCCUUGUUUCACAAAAAGAAAAUAUUCCAGUGAGCCAACAGACAGCAGUGAUUCCGUUAAUUAUAGUGAAAGUCGUCCUACAAAAUAACCCUCCUCUUCUCCUCUCUCUCGUCUCCCUCACACCAUCCAUGAUUCUUUUCAAAGGUAAAGUGCAGGUUAAUUUGUUUUAUGUAUUCUUACUUUAUAUUUUGUAUUAAUCAUUUUUAUAGAAAUAUUCUUGGGUAGUGGAACGAAUCAUCUGAGUUUCCAUUAUUUCUAGUGGGAAAAUUCACUUUGAUAUAUGAGUGCUUUGGAUUACGAGCAUGUUUCUGGAACGAAUUAUACUUGCAAUCCAAGGUUUUACUGUACUUUAUACAGUUGUUAAAAAGCAGAAACUUCAACGAACAUGAAAUCACCUGAAAGAGGGGAGAGUCGAUUUUUGGCCCUAUACACUAAUAGAACUGGGGCCUUGGGGUAAUUAUUUUGCUGUUGAAAAUGCUAAAAUAGAAUGGUUGCACUUCCUGCUACUGAUAGCCCUUCAGAAGUAUGUUUUCAAUGUUUGGAAUUUUUUUUCAUGAAAAUGGGUAUAAAUCCCUGAGACCAUUAUUGGUCUUUUUCUUUGAACAUAUGAGAAUUUCAGGUGAAACAUUUAACAGUGAACAAUAGCAAAUUGUCAUGCCCAUCAGGUGCACAGCAUCACUGCUGAUUAGUGGACCUUCAAAAGGAACCGAGAAGCCCAGGCACAAUGCGAAUUAUUCUGCCAAAUGACUUUGAGCCGUACCGAGCGUUUCUGUGUCUUUUGUCUACCCUUUUUCCCUCGCCAGGUCUGUCUGCCCAGUGUGUUCUCCUUACCCACUCCCUUUCCAUUCCCCAGAACCACUCCCGAACCUGACCCGCUUCCCUCGCUGAGACCGGCACGUCCCGUUCCCACUCCCCUGUGUGGUCGUGUCCCGUGCGUCCCUGUAGGACGGACCCUCUGGCUACUGACCCCCGCUUACGUCUACCGACCCUGCCUACCGCUGAUCCUUGCCUACCUGUAUAUCUACGCCCCGAUUUCCCCAUUAAAGCCAGCAGUUGCCCACACUACUGGAUCCGUGUUUUCCUGUUCAGACCGGUAUCACACAAAUAAAAAUAUUACAAAUAUUUUGUCACGAUCGUCCGGGAAGCGGGCGAACGCGCUGGCAGGCGAGCAGGCAGGAAGCAGGCGAGCAGGCGUAAGCAGGGUGAACGGGGAUUUAUUGGUACAACGAGGACUGGGGAACAUCUCACGCUGACUGACUUCACGUAACAUCAAUGACGGACAAAGGACUCGGGUAAGACACGGACUGAAAUACACAGGACUGAUUGAAAAUAAGCAGACACAGCUGGGUACAAUCCGGGAAACACAUGUGGGUAAGCAGGGGGCGUGGCACACAGGAGGAACCGACGAGCAGGUCAUGACAGAACCCCCCCCCAAAGGCGCGCUGCACAGGGCGCGCCCGGGAGGAGGCCACGAACGGGACAAGACCGGGGAAGCAGGACCUGAAAAACAAAACCAAAAAGCAUCAACAAGGGACCGGGAACAAGACAGACAGACAGAACAGGCACAAGGACAGGAAAUGGGACAGGACCUGACACAGGACAGGGAACACGGACAGACAGAGAAGGAAAGGGGACACAGAGGGAACAGGCGGGACACAAGGGCCAGGAGUGAACGGAGGGAACAGAGGAGGACGGGCAGCAAAGACAGGAGGAACAGAGCCAGAGGGAGCAGAGAGAGGCGGGACAAAGGCGGAAGGAGGAGAGAGGACCGAAGGGACAAAGGGAGGAGCGAAGGGAGACAAGGAGGGGGAACAGAGGGGAGCCCGAGGGAGACCCAGCGGGCGACGGGAAGCAGCCGGAGGGGCUGCAGGCGGCCAGGAGGCCGGAGCCGGAGGGGACCCCGGAGGAGUCGAGGAGACCGGGCGAGGGACCGAGGCA